AUGUGUGAUCGAGUCUUCACAUUUCGAGUGAUGUAUUUACCACUGUAUCGUAUUUUGCUGGGUCCGUUAGUUGGUUAUCUUAAGGUUUCGCUCGAGCAUCUCGGUUUUGAUUCUUUGCGACUGCAGUGCCGCGCCAGUCGUCGAGGACCUAAAAAGUUAAUUCGACUUAAAGACAUGGUCACACAGCUAUUGCCUGGAUUAAAAUCUCGCACUAAAUAUGGCCAUGAGGACAUCGCUUAUUAUAAUGGCUCCUUUCAUGAGUUUAUUUAUAAUCCUCUUCGAAAUAAUUCCAAUAGCCGUAUUCGUUUAUGUUGGGAUCUGUCACAAGGACAAGAACUGUUUCCUGUAGAGGUUUACUCGGACACAGAAAAUUGUGAUCCUCCUGUUAAUUUUUUCUACAUAUCUAAUAAUGAUUUUUCAAAUUAUAGAGGACAGUGUUCUCAGGAUAGCGAAAGCAUUGUUAUGGUGAAAUGUGAUUGCCGUAGUCUGGUGUGUAGUGAAAACUGUUCUUGUCGCGAGAUGAAUGACCUCCUCAAUCCGUGCACUGUAAUGGGUGAUGGACGAGUGUUUGUUAACAGUGAUGCUACGUUUUACAAUACAUUAAUAGUUGGUUGUGGCGAGAAGUGCGCUUGUAUGGCACGAUGCAAAAAUACCUUAAGGAGUAAAUGCCUUCCUGCUCCAUUCAACCUAAAUGUAUUGCAGAGUAAUGAUCUGGACUUAAGAGGAUCGCCCUCGAUAGAUUAUGCUUUUUGCCUGCAGCAAGCUGAUGAAACGGAAAUCUAUGAGAAAUUGAAAUCUGUGAGGCUAAUACAGGAUGAAUCGUUUGAGAAAUGGGAUCGCUCGGUUUUCGUUGACCCUUAUAGAAGAGGAAAUGUCGCACGGUUCAUUGCUCAUGGCUGUUUUCCUAAUUUAACCAUGUUAAGUAGUACUGCUCUCUCGAUUCAUUCUAUUUUCUUCAAUAGGUAUGCUGAAAAUGACCUUCGCCUUUUCCGGUCACGUGCGAUCCUUUUCGCUAAUCAACCAAUUGCUGGCGGUUCAGAGAACAUCAUGUCUAAUGGUAAUGAGACUACGAAUGGUGAUCACUCUACAUUACAAGGUCGUUGGUACCAGCAAUGA